CUUUCCGACAUCCACCGAACGCCACAUAACGUAAAUUCAGCUGUAUUCGAAUUCAUUCAAUUCAAAGACCUCGCACCUCGCAAUAUGACUAAUAGCGAUGUAUAAACAUCAACGUAUCAUUUUAUUGUGUGGUGUUGAUGUGAUGUGUUACAAAAUAUGAUUCAUAAUAACGAGCUGAUAAUUUCCUGCUUGUGUUUUCCUUUUCCCAUAAUAAAAUUAAAAUAAAUAAACGAUGAGUGCUCCAGUGCCAGCUCCUCGUACUGUAAACAAUGAACAGAAAAAACCUGUCCCUACACCUCGAAGACUAAUUCCAAUUAUAAACGAAAACCAGCCAACUUUCAAUGAAAGUCUACCAGAAAAAGAUCUCACCAGCAAGGAGUGCGAGUCAAACUUCAACUCGUUCUCUCGUCGGGUACGUACCUUUAGUAACACAUCAAAGCAAAUUACGGAAGAGCUUGCCGGAAAAGUUCACGAGAAAAAGAAGGCGGUAAUCGAAGGUACAAGGCAAAGUGUACGUAAAAUCACAAGACGAUUUACUACCGCCGGAACAGAACAAAGCCCGCCGCCUCAGCCGAAUGAAGACGACCGCCGUUCCGAAUCCGACGCCGAUAUUUUUAAUUCCAUCAGUUUUCGGUCGCCGAUCAAACCGUCGCUAAGUGAAAAUACCUCACUUUAUACGAAUGUAACCAUCGAGACUCAACUGCAUAGUUCUUCGGAGGACUCCGUAAGCCUCCCGCCGCCUCUACAUCCGCCUCCUCCAUUGAGGGAGGAAUCCAUUUACGACGCCCCCCAAUCCCUCACUUCGGGAAGCACAAACAGUAAUAACUCGGAAAGCACUUCGCUUACGCAACCGGGCAACUACGAGAGUGUCUUUCCCAGUUAUCCCUACUCGGACGCCGACAAUGUAAUCGUAGCCACCUUGGAAUCGACGAGCUUGUCUCGAUCCAGUUCGUUUAAUUAUUAUGAUCCCGUGGCAAAAUCGGAGAGUAUCUAUACCAAUGUCGACAACACUCCAAUUUUAGAAGUGAUGCCAGCGGAAGACGGCAAGUCGGAAGACAGCUUUGACACGACGUCUCACAUGGACAUGAGGAACAGCCUCUACGAACAACACGUAAUUCGACCACCACCACGGACAAAAAAGCUCAGUCGACGUCCGACUGACAGUGUCAUUCUCCAGUUCGAUCCGCUAACCAACACUAGCGCUAACUUGUAUUCCAACGUGAACGAUUUGAAAGCAUUGGAAGAGCUCUUACAGGGAGAGUUGUACGGUACGAUUUCGAAUGUGGGCACCUUCGACAAUUGGAGCGUGUCGACCGAGUCGGAAGCUGAAGAGUAUUUAAAUCCUCCGACGCCACCUACAAGGUCCGAUUCGUUACCCGAAGAGGUGCCCGUUGUUCAGGAGAAGUCGAAGACGAGUUGGUUCGUGGCAGAUGCACCCGCCACAAAAAAUGCGUCGAGUAACGGCAAUAAUUUAGAGUCGAAGGCAAUGAACUGGUUUAAGCAGGUGAAUGUCGUGCUGAAAAAGGCACCGGAUAUUGUGAGGGGUAAUAAGCAAAAGGACAACAUGGUAAUGCGACCCAUGUUGUCGACUAAGGCGCUCGUACAACAAAAGGGGAUGUUAUAUAAGGUGACGAGUGGACCUGUUGAGGACCUUUUCGGAGAGUUUAGUUCGAGGUGGUGCAUACUUGAGAAGGGCUGUUUGACGUGUUACUCUGAUGGUUCCUCGGAUAAUGUUAAAGAAUAUUUUUCCAUGAGUUCCAUCCUUAGUGUUCAAGCACUCGUGGAUCAAAAGUACAAGUACGACAACGAAGAUUUGCAUUGUUUCGAAAUCAAUGUCUCUGGAAAAAGUAGGGGCGGACACGUGUACGGUAGCCAGAGUAUAUCCGAGAGGCGCGUCUGGAUGCAAAGAAUAGCGGAGUGUCUGUUUAGUAAAUUUCCCACCAAGGUUCUUGCGGAGUAUAGCAGAAUAGGAUGGGCGUAUAUACGAGAAGGCAUAAGCGGCGAAUGGGUUGGCGCAUGGCUCAUAUUGAGCCAGCGAUCCUUACACUAUGCAGUAGAUAAGAGUGCCCCAAAAACUAUCGACUUACGCAAAGCUAGGUGCAUAGUGCUACAGAACUUUCAAGACAGCGAAAUUGUGCCGCGAACAAAUGACAAGGGACCGAAUAUGUUACUCGAUUACCCCGGAGGUGUUCUUUACUUACGAAUGUGGACCAUAAGAGAAACUAAGACUUGGUGCUGUAUUCUGCGUUUGGCAGCGCAUAACAAUGGCGCCUUAUUAGAACAGCAACAGUUAACAAAGAAUGACAUUCCAGUCAUAGUGGAAAAAUGCAUUAAUUUUAUUUAUGCUCACGGGAGUAUGGUGGAAGGGAUAUAUCGAAAAGCUGGCAGUGGAGCAACAGUUUUAGACAUAUUGACGCAGUUUCGACGAGACGCCUGGGCGGUUCAACUCACCUUGGACAAGUACAACGAGCACGACGUCGCCACAGCUUUAAAACGGUUCUUUCGUGAACUUCCCGAGCCUUUGUUAACCUCAAGUAAUCAACAAUAUUUGUACCAAGUCUCACUUGUAAAAGCAACAGAAGAAAAGAUAAGAAUGUUCCGAGCUCUUUUUGAUUCAUUUUCAUCAAUCACCUACAAGACAAUACGACGCCUACUAGGCCAUCUUCAUUUUAUUUCCACGCAAUCAAAUCAUAACCUAAUGACUGCCGACAAUCUUGCCACAGUUUGGGGCCCUACACUUAUGUGUUGUGAUGAUAAAGACGACGCCAUGACUCGCCACAACAAAGAAUUGGCGGUCGUUUCUCAGCUAAUCUCUUUGUAUCGCAGUAUCUUUCCCGAGAAUCCAGAAGAAAUUGAACAGGAACGUUCGAUGCUUCAGGUUCUGCUAAAGUGCAUGAAAUCGCCACAGGGGCCUGUAAAUACCAAAGCUUCUGGUGAUUUGCGAAUUUGGGUGUACUUAUAUAAUAAGGAGGGGCAAACGUUUAAUAUUGCGAUUGGCCCUCAAAAAACCGCAUAUGAAGUCUUAGUGGAGCUGAGCACAAAAAUAAGCUUGGGAGUGCAUGAAUUGCAACUGGAAGAGCAUGUUUUAAAUGAUAAUUUGGUGCGGCCCAUACAUCAUUCAGAAAAGGUUCUACAUGUAGUCUUAAGAUGGGGCUAUUGGGAUGAACCCGACAGAAAAGAUAACGCAUUAAUAUUAUCGCCUGUAUCGAAAUAUUGGGAAUACAUUCAGGAUAACCCUCUGCCGGUAUCGGGGGAAUUAAAAUAUGCCGAUUCUAAAACGAAAAACUUUAAAGGGUAUACGUUCGAGUUUGCCCAAGCAAAACUGAGCUAUUACAAAGAUAAGACGUGUUCGUGUAAAUUGGGCUCGUGGAAUAUUGAGGAUAUGUUGUGGUACUUUGGACACGAACCUAAAAGAAACCCGCAGAGCAAUUGGACGAUAACCUUUAUAACAAAAACGCAAUCUUUGAAACGUACCCGAGCGUCGCCUUGGUUUGGUAAUAUAAUCGGGUGGAGUAACCCAGGUGUUCGUGCGUCAUGGCUUGCGGCGAUGCUUAAAGCUGAACAUCCCUCCGGUUUAAUACCGCCACCGCAACAUAUUAAUUUAUUAUCUACAUGAGUUUAGAUAUCAAUACGAAAAGGUCAGAUUUCUUUUACUUGAAUACUGAAAACCAAAGUGUGAUAGUAUUGUGCCUUUUUGUAGUCGAUAAAUCUUCGAUUGUUCCUAUACAUCUUGAGUAUACGCCGAGGUAAAAUUGAUUUUGACAGUAUUGCUGUGAACAUUGUGAUAAAAUUUGAUAUUUGGCAAUUUGCCAAUGUGUCGCUACAUUGCUUAAUGGCAGUUAUUUCUAUCACAUUGCGUUUAAUUUUAUCGAGCAUGUGGACAUUUUAAUUUUAUUCUUGUGACUUAUGGUGCUAUAUUACCUAUUCUUUUUAUUUAUAGUCUUAUCAAGUCUGACCAAUUUUAGCUUAAUUCACACCUGUAAGUGUAAUUUUUCAUUUGUUGGACAUGUGCAAUUAUUUCCAUUGUUUUUAAAGUAUUAAUA